GGUUCAUCUUGUUGCAUUAGAUAUAUUCACCAAUAAAAAAUAUGAAGAUAUUUGCCCAUCCACCCAUAACAUGAAUGUUCCACACGUUAACCGUAAAGAUUAUCAGUUUGUUGAUAUAGAAGAUGACUUCUUGGCUCUGAUGGACGACAGUGCUGAAAUGCGCAAUGAUAUUAAAAUUCCUGAUAAUGAAAUAGGCACUGAAAUUAGAAAGAAGCACCAGAAUGAGGAGAUCUUUUUGUGCACUGUCCUCAAGGCCAUGGGUGAGGAGGCCGUUGUGGGAGUGAAGCAGUCUUCUGAAAAUAAAUAGCUGGUGGAUGGACAUCAUGUGAUCACAGAGUGGCCAGUCGGAGGCUAAGAAGGAGCACCGCCAAGCUUUGUGCACAGGCUCAUCCAAGCUUCAAUCAACUUUUUCUCUCUCUCUCUUUUUUUUUUGCUUCAAAAAUAGAAUCCCACAUUUCUCUCCAUUGUCUGAAAACUUUCCAGUAUCAUGCUAUCUCUGAUGAUACAAAAACAAAAGAAGAAAAAGCUUAUUGUUGGAAUCGAGUUCGAGGUCAAACUUUUUUUUUUUAACCUCCCCCCCCCAAAAAAAAAAAAAAAAUUAAUACAAAAAAUAUCAAAAAAUAAAAAUAAUAAUUUCUCACAACAAUACUGUAAUUUGUCGUCUAAUUCACUCCAACUAAUAAUGAUCAAUGAUCAUGAUCAUGGUUUAUACAUAUAUAUGCAUAUAUGUUAUUUUGUAAAUGAUUGAAUGUCUUUUAAUUCGUGACGAUCCUCCCAGCUUUACAAGACAUUGUCAGAGCAAGCCGACAGAUCAUAAUUAUAUUGACCACAAACCUUGUAUGUAUGCCGCUGUGUUUAAUUUAAUGCAGUGAAAUAGAAAUGAAAAAAAAUAUAGUAUAAAAGAUGACAAUCUAAUGCUGGCCUGGAACACCCUUUUAUAUUUGCAUGCCACUUAUAUAUCUCAAACUAGAAGAGGGUUACCCCUAAAUGGUUGAGGGUAAUCCCCUUCCAGCUUUCGGAAAGCAUGGUCUAUAUCCAUUCCUUGAUGAGGAAACUUCAAAUGAAAUUUGAAUUAAGAAUGUAGUUUUAGAGAUAAACUUCAACGAAGACCAAUAAUGAAUACUUAUACCUCGGUCACGUUUGCUCUACGGCGAGUCGAAAACAGCCGUUAUAACAUUUUUUGUACCAGCUAAAUAUAGCUGGUUUAAAUAAAAAUGAAUAAACGGCUGUUUUGGACUCACCACACGGCCGCCGUAGAGCAAAUGUGACCGAGGUAUAAAUGAAACGUGGUUACUGCAUGAUGUUUUGUAAUUCUCAAUGCUGUACAAUCAAAAUAUUUAGAUUAUGUGGAACCUCUUUAGGGAAACAGUAAUACAUGAAAUUUCACGAACUGUGAUUUUUACCAGGCCAACUUCUUGGCACUCUAUUUCUGAUUAUGUCUUUUUAGUUUUUACCGUGAUUUUACUAGAUGUCAGAAUAGCAAAGCGUUUUUCUUGAUCCCAAGGAAUUUGCAAGGAUGGAGGUUCCAUUAGAAUUUAGGAUUUAUUUAUUUUAUUUCUAUUUUAUUCCUCGGGUAUUUCUAUCUAAAUAAUAUGUGGAAAGAAAAAAAAAUCUAUUGUACAUUCUUUCUUCCUUUGCCAUCGCCUUUUUCUCUCUUUCCCAAUUUUUUUUUUUCUGUUUGGGAUGGUAUGUAUGGUAUAGUUGUGUGUUACAAAUCAUUCUUAUAUCUCACUUCAUGUAUUGUCCAACAUGGAAAAGUAAAUUGAUGAGCAAUUCCAAAUGGACUGUGUGAGAUGUAUUCUUCAGUGAUUAUUUCUGUCAGAAAUUUGAAUUGUUUUGAUUGAAUGUUAUUGAGAAUUUAAUGCAAACAAGCAGAUAUGAGCCAAAAUUAGAAGACUUCACCAUGUAACACCCCCCCCCCAUAUGUGUAAACAUAUACUACAUAACUUGUUUUUCUUUUAUUAUAUUAGAGGACAUCCGUUCCAGCCCCCCCCCCCCCCCCCAACAAUAAAAGAAUCCACUGCUUCAACAAUUACAGCUUGCUUUGUAGCAUAAGUAUGAGUUGGGGAAAGUAUUUCCGAUAUAAUUUUUUUUUUUUUUUGGGGGGGGAUGGGCAACACAAAAACUUUCCUUUGCAUAAAACAUCUUCCAAUGUAGUUUUGAUGUCAAUGUGACGUGUUGAUGUGUUUAGAAGCAAAUGACUCCUCAGGUGUGUAUUAAAAGUUGGAAUAAAUUGAAGAAAAACAAUUGUUUCUGUUCAAGACAGAUUUAUGCGACACAUUUUCCAUGGUCCCUUCCAGUUUCACUUGGCAGUUCAGCCAUGCAUUGGCACAUGAUGCUUAUACAUGUGUUGUAUGAUACAUAUUAUUGCCUUUAUAGAGCAGAAAGAUUAUUAUUGGUAUAAGAUAUAUAUGUAAAAGAUACUUCUUCAAUAUUGAUGAUACUCCAGGAAGUCUUCAUUUCCAGUCGAGUUUGACGCUGCUGCCAGUGCCCAUUCUUCAUAGUCUUAGGAAUGUAUAUCCAAGUAGAUUCAGUGUACAUAUAUAUAUAUCAAACAUAGACUGCAUGUGAAACAUACAAAGUUUUUUCGCUGGAAAAUAAUUGAUAUUUAGCAUGAUCAAAAAAGAGCAAAAUCUAAGGCAGCAGUAUAAUAAAAGAGGGUAUGUCUUUUUUAAAUUUUCAUUGUACACCCUUUCUUGUAAUCAUGUUGAGGGCUUCAAAUGUGGAAUGGUUUCAUGUUCCAAAUUUAACACGUUUAUUUAUGUCACAUUGAAAAAAAACAUGUUUGCCUAUCAUGGUUAGAUAUAUACAACUUGUAUGUUUUGAAAAAUUAUCAUUCUAUGUAAUUCAAUACUACUUGUAUUUGAUACACCGCUUUUAGAUUAAAUUUGUUCAAAUUCAA